AUGGCAUAAGCUUAAGCAUUGGCUGGAGAGAAUUAUGAAUUCACAGCUGCCCCUGAGGUUGUGAAACCCAAACCCAAAUACAGACAAUAACCUUUAUAAUCUUCUGAGGAUCAAAAAAAUAGGUUGGUAAAUGAUGUUUAUAUUAAGUUCAUUGUUGGGAUGCAAUAUAAUGUUUGACAAAAGGGUAGUCAGGGGAAAUACCUAUGCUAGUGUAUAAACUUAAGGUGAUAAGAAAUUAAUGACCCUUAAAUCAUUCAAAAAACCAUAACAAAAAGCAGUACAUAUUAAAAAUAUGACCAUAGACUUAAUAACCUUAGACAACCUAUUUACAUCCAAGCACUCCUAGACCAUUUUAAAAUCGUGUUAACAUUGAUAUCUAAACUGAUGAAUAUUUAGAAAUAUUGACAGAUAAACCACCCGAAUAAGAGAUGGAUGCAUAAACAGACUACUAUAUUGAUAAACCACCUGAUAGAUUAUUUGUACCAAAGAAGAAUGGCAUUGAUAAAGUAUAAAUAAUAAAAAAUAGUAAGGAAACUUAAAUUUGGGAAGGAGAUCUCUUUGAUUUUGAUUAGGAAGUAGAACCGAUCUUAUAAGUCUUAAUGAAUAAGAUAUUAGAACAAUCAAGAAUGGAAGUCUUAGAAGAAGAAGAAAUUAAGUUAAUGAAGCACUAAUAGAAAUAACAUGAAAAAUAAAAGACUUCUGUAUUAUCAGAAAUGCAAAGAUUGGAGGCUGUUCAAUAGAGAUUAGAUUAAGAGGAAGCAAGAAGAAAAUUGCAAUAUGAAACAUUUUUAAAAAUAUAAAAGCAAAGCCAUUAAAAAAUAGUUUGCAGAAAUCUAUCAAAAUCUCUUAUUAAUCCUCUUAAACAAAAUACAAUAAAAAAAUUAUAGGAUUUGGGUGUUUUUCGUGAUCCACUGGAAACAGCUUUAUUAUAUGAGUAUAUACCAUGGGUUUAUGAAAAUUUAUUAAGUUAGUUAGUGGAUGAAAAUGACAAUGCUUCCAACUUUAAUAGUAAGUCAUUCACAUUAUUAAGAUAUGUUAAAUAAUAUCGAAGAAACUAUUACUAUAGAGCAUUUGAAUUCAUUAAAAAGAAGGUAAUAACAGAUAGAUGACAAAUACGAAGAAAUUGCUAGAAAAAAAAGAGAGAAGGAAGAAAAAAAAAGAAUGGAGGAGGAAAGAAGACUUAAAGAAAUUGAGGAUUUAAGAUUAGCUGAAGAGGAAGCUGCUAGAUAGGCAGAACAAGAAAUUUUGGAUUAGUAAUAAGAAAAUUAAUAAUAAUAAUAAUUAUAGCCAUGA